AUGGACCCUCUCGUGGCCGCGGAACUGGAAAAGUUCGACGAUAGUGUGGCAUUCCGUGCUCGGCCACAACAUGUCCACCACACUUGGGCGCGCACAUUUUCGUCCCUCCCAGAGCUUUUCAUCCAACCCGAGUCUUUGCCUGAAGUUGAAAAAGUUGUGAAUCUGGCGCGAAGAUGUCGUCGGCGUCUAGUGACGACUGGCUGUGGCCAUUCACCCUCCAAUAUCACUUGUACAUCCAGUUGGCUCGUCAACCUGGACAACUUCAACAGGGUCCUCUCGGUGAACAAAGAAACGGGUGUUGUUACCAUGGAGGGUGGAAUCAGGCUUUACGCCCUCUGUGAAGAGCUCGAGAAGCAUGGACUCACGAUGCCAAAUCUUGGAAGCAUCAAUGAGCAGUCUAUCAGUGGUGCUAUCUCAACAGGUACCCAUGGAAGCAGUCUACGCCAUGGACUGAUGUCCGAAGACGUCCUGUCUCUUAAGGUUACAAUGGCAGAUGGAACCACAGUGUACUGCUCUAAAGACACCAAGACGGACCUUUUCAGAGCUGCCCUUCUUUCUCUCGGCGCUAUUGGUAUCAUUACCGAAGUUUCCUUCCAGGCAGUUCCAGCCUUUACUUUGAAGUGGGAACAGAGCAUUGACACAGACUACAAGAUGUUUGAGUCUUGGAAUCGAAACCUAUGGACACAGAGUGAAUUUGUCAGGGUCUGGUGGUUCCCCUACACAAGACGUGCAGUGGUGUGGCAGGCAGAACAAACCGACGAGGAACACCGCGACCCUCCUCAGAGUGGGUAUGAUGGCUCAAUCGGCUACUAUGUCUACCACAAUCUUCUCUAUCUUGCCCAACACGUCCCGCGAAUCCUGCCAUGGGUUGAGUGGUUUGUCUUCGGUAUGCAGUAUGGCUUUCGGAAUGGAACCACUUCAUCAGCUGUUCAACCAAGCCGUAAAGCACUGCUCAUGAACUGCCUAUAUUCCCAGUUUGUUAACGAGUGGGCUAUCCCUCUUGAUAAGGGCCCCGAGGCGCUCCGGAGACUGAGCUCUUGGCUCAACCACUUGUCUCCUGAUGACUCUGAUUACGUUCCUCACAACAUCCCAUUCUCUGCGGACGGUCUUUACGUCCACGCACCUGUCGAGGUGCGCGUGAGUGACACCACUCUCACCUCGAACGUACGGCCAUACCUUGAUAUCACUGUUGAAAACGGACCUACAUUGUACCUCAACGCAACACUAUAUCGCCCCUAUCUCAUGGAUCCACCUUGCCACGAACGAUACUACGAGGCUUUUGAGUGGCUGAUGAAAGACCUUGGAGGUCGACCGCACUGGGCUAAGAAUUUUAGAACCACUCGGUCUGAGAUUGAAGCGUUCUAUGGCAAGCAACUUGAAUCGUUUCGGGCCAUACGCAACGAUGCUGACCCCCAGGGCAUGUUUGUCGGGCCAUGGCAUCGAGAAACAAUUAUGGAGAAUGGCGAAGGUCUUGAGUUGGAAGAGGUUGAGAUUCGAAGAGAGAAGAACCACAUAGGAGGUGUCACCACGUUUGGAAUCAUUUGA